AUGUUUUUUCAAUUUCUGGACGGAAAUAAUCUUUUCUUUGGUCGGAAAUCUGCGAAUAUUUCUUUGUUGGACCUUCGAAUGCAUUCGAAUCAUUGUGUCGGUGAAUUUGUUGAUUCUGCUUCAUCUGGUUUCGUUCACACUUUGUGCAAAAAGCCAAAUACUUUGUUGAGUGAAAAUUUUGAUGGGAAGAUAAAACUUUGGGAUAUUCGAACAAAAAAAGUAUUAACACAAAUGGAGUCUGGACAUCUCAAUUCUUCACAUAAACUUCCUUGUUUUGUUGAUGCAAAUGAACAAUUUAUAUUUGCUGUUGGCGAGGAUUUAAUUGUUCGUGGUUGGUCUCUACAUACUGGGGAGUUGUUGUGUGUUGUACGUAGUCCAGCAGUUCAUAAUCAAAUUAGGGAAACUUCCGAUUGCAAUUCCACAAAUGGAGUUGACUUUCCGAGAGUGGUCUACAGCAAUUCAUGGGGUGGAAGAGCAGGCAAUUCAGCGUUAAUCUUUGCUGUCAAUGGCGAUUUAUUGGUUCAUGAACUAUUACUUUGA